AUGUCUCAGAGAAUCGGAAAUGCUACCACGGCUUUGACUCGGGUAUGGCACCACGUUGACGUGGCUUCAGAUGCCCGUACGUUAGGACGUUUGGCCGCAAGCAUAGCACUCACAUUACAAGGAAAGCACAAGCCUACAUUUUCUCCAAAUAGAGACCAUGGAGAUUACGUGGUGGUGACCAACUGUGCUCAUUUGAAAGUUACAGGUAAUAAGAUGCAAGAUAAGACAUACUGGUCUCAUACCACUAGACCGGGCUCCUUGAAGUUGGUGCCUAUGGAGAGAAUGAUCGCCAACAAAGGUUAUGGAGAGAUUUUGAAGAGAGCAGUCAAGGGUAUGAUUCCCAAGAACAAGCUUAGACUUGCCAGAAUGGACCGCUUGAAGGUUUUUGACGGUGACGUGCAUCCAUACAAGGAAAAUUUGAUUGGAUUUGCUGACGAGACCACCGAGUUGAAGGAGAAGAUUGCACAGUUGCAGGCUAAGGAAGAACAUAUGGCCGAGCUCCGUUCCAAAUACUUGCAGCAGUAA